AUGGCACAGUCUGUUGAUACCGAAACAUACAUAUUAGACGGUCGAACAUAUACACUACAUACUAUCACUUUACCUGCUUCAGAAUGUUCAGAAGAGGCCACCAUAUCAUGCCUGCUUGAACCGGCGCUUAUCUCUCUCCUACCAAAUCCAGUACCCCCCGCGCACAAGCCGAUAACAAAUCCAAACUUUUGCGUGCUACAGACAGAACACAAGGGCGCUGGCCUCUUCGCCGCUCGCGACAUCGCAGCCGGUGAGCUGAUCAUGGUUGAGCAUCCUGCCUUGAUCCUGCCCACGGGGCGCUUCCCUGCUGCAGUGUACGACGAACUCGCAAGGCGCUUGCCAGCGAAGAGAAGGGCAGAGCUGUUGGCAAUGGCCAAUGCUCGAUCGGAAGAAGAAUGUCCGAGCCCCGUUGAAGGCAUCGUACGGACGAACGCGUUGAUGUUGGAGUUGGAUCCGAAAGGCACGAUUUCGCAAGAGAAGAGGGAGAUUUAUGGCGGAGUGUACCCUACAGUUAAUCGCGCCAACCAUAGUUGUGGUCCGAAUGCCACUGUCAAGUGGGAUUUGUCCACCCUGACGGAGACUCUUUACGCUCUAAGGCCUAUCGUUGCGGGCGAAGAAAUCCAGAAAACCUACAUCAAUCCUAUCUUCUCUCGUGAAAAACGGAUGAGCAUCCUCCUGAACAACUAUCGCUUUAGUUGUGACUGUCCUUGGUGCAAUAUCCGGUCCAGGGCUCAACCAUGCGCAAAUGUCGAUCUUCCAUUGACCGAAGAAGAACAGGCCCUGGUCAACGCCUCUGAUAAAGAUCGUGCGCUCCUUGGAACCUGGAUCUUUACCCACCCAGGGUACAACAAAUGGAGCACAGACCUGUCGCGGAAGGACGACGUUAUUAUCAACUCCCACAUGGAGGCCCUAGCUUUGCUCGAUAAAGAAGGUAUGCAUGGGUUGCAAAACCUAUUCAUCGAAGAGAUUGCCAUGUGUUAUGCCAUGCUCGGCGAUUUAGACGCGUUUAAGAUGUGGGGAGAGCGAGUCGUUCAGCUUAGCCGCAUUGAAGACCCAUCUGUGGCGAGGAAGUUUGAGGAAUGGUUGGUUGAACCAACCAAGCUAAUGAAAAAAUGGGCAUGGAGAAAACGCCAGAGGGAACAGGCGCCUGGUAAGAGAAAGUUGAAAACCGGACAUGCCGUUCCAGUCGAUGUAGUCGACGGCUUUGAUUCGUUCUUCAAUGAUACAGAUUGA